UGGUAUACGUCCCAUCGAACCCAAUUCAUCACCUCCGGGAAGUGGGAGGGCAAUAAAUGUUUUAAUACUAGGCUUCGAUUCUGCAUCGCGCAACGGAUUUAUUCGGAAAAUGCCCAAGAGUUAUAAAUUUCUGAAAGAAGAUUUAGAGGCGGUGUUUCUUAAUGGUUAUAAUAUAGUAGGAGAUGGAACUCCUGACGCUCUCUUUCCGAUCCUAUCCGGUAGAACUGAACUGCAGCAUCCUUACGCGAGGCAACGGUAUUCCAAAGACAUUUAUCUCGAGCCGGAUUUGUUUAUUUUCCACACAGCUAAACAGUAUGGAUAUCAAACAGCUUACUAUGAAGACAUGCCCUGGAUAGGGUCAUUUCAAUAUCGAUACAAUGGGUUCAGUAGACGUCCUGCUGACCAUUAUCUUAGGUCUUUCCUUAUGGAGGAAACUAGCCAUGGUUCUAAAUGGUGGAAUGGGCUCCACAAGAGAUAUUGUUUGGGGGCGACACCGCAGUACCUGUUUUUACUAAACUUGACUAGACAGUUCAUGGACCUAAACACAAAGCGUUUUUGCUUCACAUUCAUCGCCGAUAUAUCCCAUGAUGACUUCAAUCUUAUAUCCACUGCUGAUGAUGACGUAGUCGACUUCCUGGACCAUAUCAAGCAGAGUGGGAAGUUGAAAGACACCUUGCUCAUUGUUAUGGGUGAUCACGGGCCUAGAUUUUCACCAAUGCGUUCAACAUAUCAAGGCAAAAUGGAGGAAAGGAUGGCUUUUAUGUCGAUCGUCCUUCCUGAAAGAUUAAAAAUGGAAAGACCAGAUGCACUCGAGUCCUUGAAGUCUAACUCUAAAGUACUCACAACUCCAUUUGAUAUACACACAACGAUAUUAGAUGCGAUGGGCUUGAAUAAUUUGUCCAGUGAUUUUAUUGUACCGAAUUUCAAGAUACGGAGAGGAUUGAGUCUUCUGCAAAAGAUUCCAAAAACUCGUAGUUGUGACGAAGCAGGAAUACUUCCGCAUUGGUGUGUCUGUCUCAAUAUCAAAUGGUACAAUGUCCUUAAAACAGAUAGAAUGUACCAGAAAGCAGCGGAUUCUCUCAGCGAAUAUAUUAACAAUAUCACUGAUGAAAAACGUUCACUCUGCGUCAAAAGGAAAUUAACUAGUAUAGAAUGGGUGACGCGCGAAGAUUUAAAAGAAAAAUCUAGUAAUCAUUUAAGACCAAACGUAUACUAUCAAAUAAUGAUCGUAAUGAGUCCUGGUCGUGCGGUGUAUGAAGGUUCUAUGCAAUACGACACAAAACUAGAUAAGUUUGUUAUUUCGGAUAAAGCUGUUUCUAGAAUUUCAGCGUAA